CUUUAUCAUUUAAAAUGAAUGAUCACGAUGAAAUCCCUGUUGGCCCUGUCAAGGACCAGCAGGAUUUGAAUGAAGAAAAUAAAGAUGGCUAUAUAGAAACCCCUGUCAAUCCAGAUGGGUUCUUUAAUGAAAUCAAUAAUAAGGGAGCCUGUAGUGUUAGAGUCGCUUUAAGAGUAAGACCUCUUAUCGCCCAUGAAAUUGCAAACGGAAAAAUAUGUGUCAAAUGCAAUCCAAGAGAUAACCAAAUCAUUAUUGGAGAAGAUAGAAGCUUCAAUUUUGAUAGAGUGUUUGGAAUAGAUACUGCUCAGGAACCAAUCUAUGAAACUUGAGUGAAGAAUCUUGUAUUGGGAUGAUUCUAUGGUCUCAAUGCUACAGUUUUGGCUUAUGGUCAAACUGGAAGUGGGAAAACUUUCACAAUGGGUAGUGGGCACACCAUCGGACUUGAUCCUGAGCAACUCGGUAUUAUCCCAAGAGUGAUUUCAUUCAUUUUUGAAGAAAUAGAGAAAAGGAAAUCAACAGCAGAUAUAACCAUAAAGUGAUCAUUCCUUGAGAUAUAUAACGAAGAGAUCCAUGAUCUUCUGGAUAAUUCUUCAGAAACCGGGGUAGAUAGAUACCUCAACAAAGGAAAAGAUAUAACUAUCCGGGAGGAAAAGAACGGAAAUAUUAGCGUUUAUGGCCUAACUGAAGAAAAGGUUGACUCUAGUGAGGAAAUGGCUUCGUGUUUAGAUCGGGGAUCAAACCUCAGAAUCACGAGUUCUACACUGAUGAAUAAUUGAUCCUCAAGAUCCCAUGCAAUCUUUACUAUCUCUAUAGAGCAGCAUAUUAUCGAUGAAAUUUCAAAAGAAGAGGACGGCGAAGCAAAAGAAGAGGGAGGUGAACUAGAAGAGUUCAUGACUGCUAAAUUCCACUUUGUAGAUCUUGCUGGAUCUGAGAGAGCUAAGAAAACAGGAGCCACAGGAAGCACUUUAAAGGAAGGAAUCAGUAUCAAUAAAGGACUCCUGUCACUUGGAAAUGUAAUUAGUGCUCUAACGGAUGAGAAAAAGAAAGGAGCACAUGUUCCAUAUAGAGAUUCAAAAUUGACUAGAAUUCUUCAAGAUUCAUUAGGAGGUAACUCCAGGACAUCAAUGAUUGCAUGAGUGUCCCCUGCUGAGUUCAAUUUUGACGAGAGUUUAAACACACUAAAAUAUGCUUCGAGAGCUAGAAAUAUCAAGAACAAACCAAUUGUAAACAGGGAUCCAAAUUCAGCAUUGAUUGCUCAACUGAGACAAAAUGUGUUAGAGUUACAAAAAGAUCUCUUUGGGUUCAAACAACUGGUAAUUGACAAUAAAAUUGAAAUCCCAGAAUCGUUAUCGGAUGCCGCCAAAAAUCUUCAUGAGCCCAUAAAUCUAGGUGCUUCAAACAAGGGAGGCCAAGUGCAGUCCUCUACAGGCUACUUUGGAGACAAGGAAACCGAAGAAGAGAAUAAGAGACUUAAGCAAGAGCUUGCUCAGAGUAAAAGGGAUGUAUCAAAAUUGCAAACCGAAGUGAAAACAAUUCGUGAGCAAUUGGAUGACCUUGAGCUUGAAAAGUUAGAAAUCAUCAGAGAUAAAGACCUUAUUCACCUGAAACUAGAAGCAUUCAUUAAAGCAUACCAAAAGGAUGGAGGAGACAUCCAUCUCCUGAUGGGGAAAGUCAAGGACGAGGCAGAGGGCGAAAGUGAUGAAGAUUCAGAAGAAAUGGACUUUUCUGAUUUAGGAGGAGUUUCAAUCCUCGACGAGUACAGAGACAAAAACUCCAAACUGGAAAAAGAAGUCAAAGAGAAAGAUACAAAGCUUAAGCUACUUCAAAAUGAAUGAGAAUCUCUUUUGAAAAUGGGUAAGGAGGAUACGGAUAGAUUAGAAGAGAAAUCCAAGGAAAUUCAGAGACUCAAACGGACUAACAAUAAGCUUCAAAAGGAGAACGUUACCUUAAAAAGAGAGCAAAGGAAUGCUGGAAAGGCUGAAGUAAGCUACCCAGCAGCUCCACAGCCAAGGAGAGAAUCAAGAAAUACUAUGUAUAUUCCUUCAACUCAAAAAAUUGGACUUAAGAGUAGAAAGAGAAAGAAUUCGAAAGAUAUGAAAAACAUUGAAAAUUUUGAAUUAGAUGAGAAUAAGAUAGACGAGAUUGAGUCAAAUAUCUUUACUAAGAUUACAGAAUCAGUCGAUAAAAUCUUCAAUCUUCCAAACACAGAUGCUAGGUCUACCUUUUCAGGGUACCAAAUCUUCGGAGGACCGACUCUUGGUGAUGCUAAGGACUCGGAAUUCCGAAUGACAGUGAAUGACAAGACCAACAAAGAUCAUACAAGUGUUAAGCCAUUUGGUGAAAUCGAAGAAGUUCCAGAAGAAGAGGAGAAAGAAUCAAGAAAAGGAACAAUAAGAGGAAAUGCAGAUAGGUCAACCACUUUCUUCUUUGGAAAAGAUAGCAGCGAUAGCGCCUCCAUGGACGGAGACUCAGAUGGCAAUAAAGAGAUAGACAUCCAGAAAGAAAUUAGAAAUAAGGAAAGAGAAGAAGAACUUAUGAGUCAAAUCACCCUCCUUCAGCAAGAAGUUGAUGAAGAGGAGAAAGAAGAGAGUAAGCUGAACCAAACUGAUGAAAAUAAUGAAACAAUGGAUGAGAACACCAGAGAUACUCACUUUGAUAAGGAAGCUACUGAAGAAGACAAACAGGAAGACCAGAAAAUCAAGGAUAGAUUGGAACUCAGAGAGACAGAAGUUGACAACCUCGACAACGCUUUGGUUCAGAAGCAAGAGCUCCUCGAUGCAAUUGUUGAGUCUAAUAAAGAGAUGAAGAAGGAAAUCGUAGACACUAUGAAGCAAGAGUAUCUCAAGAAAAUCAUUGCCCUCCAGAACGAGAUAAAAAUAAUGGAAAGUCAAAGGGAAAGAGAUGUUAAAAAGGCAAAGAAUGAGACAUCAAAAAGCACUGUUAACAAUGAGUACAAACGUAAAAUCAAAGAUAUGGAAAAAGAGCUCAAACUUUUCAAGAAAAAGGAUAAAGAGCAGGUGGACAAACUCAGAAUCUCCAAGAAACAGAAGAGUCAAAUUUCUAAACUCAAAGAAGAUAUUAAUGGCAUGAAAUCUCAAAAAGUCAGCCUUAUGAGACAGCUGAAAGAGGAUAGAGAGCAGCACAGAAAAUGGAAGAAUGAGAAAACCAAGGAUCUUAUGAAAAUGAAGAUGGCUAAUCAGAAAAAGGACCAACAGAUCACUAAGCUUAAGCGUGAAAACUCUAAGAAAGCCAAUAUCCUUAGAAGAAAGAUGGAAGAACUUAAAGCACUACAGAAGCGACAGAAAUCAGAUAUGACUAAGCACAGAAAGGCCUUGAACCAGAAAAGAAGGGCUAAGAAGAUCAAUCCCGAGAAGAUCAAGGAAUGGGUAAUGGACAAUACCUCAAAACUCAUGCGUUACCAAGAUAUUAAGGAAGAGCUUGACAAGGAAGAAAAGAGCAAAGUUGCAACAGAGAAAGAAAUUGAGGAAGAGCAAAGUCAAUUUGCAGAGAUUCAGACUAAGAAAGAGAAGCUUGAAACGAAGAGGAGACUAGCUGAUCCUGACGAUAGAGAUACCAUUGAGGAUAUCGACAGCGAUCUUAGAGGCUAUGAGCUCGAGCUGAACAACAUCAAUGAAAAUUUGAACUCAUUAGAAGAUAAACUUGACUUUGUCAAUGAGAAAAUAUCUGUGUUUAAUAAAGAAGUUAUCGAAAUUAACCCAGAAGGCAUUGAAAGGCUGAGAUUUGAAGAGAUAACUAAUCUUGAGGAAGCAAAAAUCUACCUAGGCUCCUUCUUCAACAUUUUCCUUGAGAUGAACGUAUACAGAACAAUGGUGGAAAAUAAGAUAUUGGAACAAGAUGAAAUUAUUGAGAAGCAGAGAUCUGAUAUACAGGAUUUACAAGCAAAAUUACAAGCUUCAGAAGUAAAGUUUAGAGAAGAAAUUAGCAAAAUGGCCCAGAAAUAUAAAGAGAAGCAAGACCAAAUUAAGCAAGAGAUAAAUGAGUUUAUGAAAGAAGAUCUAGCGUUUAGUAGCUCUCAGAGUAUCCCUGGCUAUGAUUCUACUGGAAAGCCUCCUAAGCUAGCUCGAGAUAAUAGUGCAAAGAGCACUAGACAACUAAGAGAUGAAAUUAAGCAAAGAAAGCAGGCUCUAAGAGAGGUUGCAAGGGUCCAAGCAUCUAGUAAAAUAGGACUGUCUAAAUUAGUAACCUCUCUCGAAAGACAGACAAUAGAGGAUGAAAAGAAGAUAGAGAUUUUGAAUCACAAGCUUAAACAAGCUUUACAUGAAAAGCAAAUGUUUAAGCAGAAGUACGAAACUUUAAGAAAUAAAGUGAAAGCAGAUGAAACUGACGAUAUUAAGAUGAUAAAGACUAUUUCUUUAGAUACAAUUCAGAAGUCUCACAACUCCUCUUCAUUCGUAAACACCAGCAAUGAUUAUGAAGGAGGUCUGAGGUCUUACAGACAGGUUAGAAAGGACAGAAAGAAAGCUCCCCUCAAUUCGGCAAGAAGUCACAAGAAGACACUUGAAGAGCUUGACAGAAUAAAGAAGAACAAAACUCCUUCUAGAAAUGACAAGAAGGCAGAGAGCUCCUUGGGGGCGAACUUUAAUUAUGAAAGAAGAAGAGUUAAUUCUAAGAGCUUUGUCUCCAGCAGUAUUGUGACAACUCCAGCACCCAAACCUCCAAAAUCAUCCAGUAAUAUGGAUGGAUUAGUUAAAGAUGAAUCAUUAAAAAAGAAGCAGUUAUAA